GUGCUGACCACUUACACGUCGCAUCCCCCGCUCGUGUGUACAAAGUCUAGUAUAUAAUAGUGAUUGGGACUCACAGAGUUUUGAUACAACUUUCCAUAAACGGUAUUGAAACAUUAUGAGGUACAAACACAUCGGUUUUGUGGGUGCAUCACUAAUUACAACGCUCUGUCUACUUUCUGGACUCAUGUAUUACUUCAAUCAAGACAAGUGUCCUGUCGGUACAUUCCAAUGUCACAAUAGUACCACAUGCAUGCCACAACGUAGUUGGUGCAAUGGUAUAUUAGACUGUCCGUUGAGUGACGAUGAAUCUGUGGAAAAUUGCUUUGACACACACGGAACCUGGGAUUGGUUUAUGAAAGACAGGGAUUGGGAUUGGAGAGACUUUGAGAAUUGCGAUGUACUUGAGGUUCCCGUUAGGUGCACCUACGACAAAUGUUGUGUGAUAUGUGCAAAUUAUACUGACGUGCCUCAGGACCUGUCAUCGAAUGUCACAGUAAUAUUCUUAACUGACAAUUCCCUCACGCGCUUAUCUCGUAGUGCGUUAUCAAGAUAUCCGCAUAUACGUUUAUUGUAUCUCGAUAACAACCAUAUAACUAAAAUGGAAAAGGGAGCGUUUCUUCGUCAAAAUGAAUUGUUUUGGCUAAUUCUUGAUAAUAAUAGGAUCAACGAAAUACAGCCUGGACAUCUAACGGGACUGAAUAAAUUGGAGACUCUGAAACUGGACCAAAACGAGAUUGCGAUAGCGGACUUUUCCGACCUGGAGAACAGCACCACUAUAUACUUGAUAAACUUGAAGAACAACAUGUUGACGACAUCCACCUUGAAACUGCCACGGUGGUCAACGUUGACGGAAAUAAUACUGGACGGGAAUCGCUUCGAGUCGAUAACGGAAGAUCUGUUCGCCGGAUGCCCCGCUUUGAAAUCACUGAGUAUGGAGGACAAUAGCGUGAGCAACGUCGACGAGCGAGCGUUCCGAAACCUGCGGCAACUUGUCGAGCUCAAUUUGGCCUAUAACAAGAUAGUGACGUUACCGCCAGACAUGUUCCAACCUGUGAAUAAUCUGUCGAAGCUAUUAAUCGGUUACAAUCCCGUCGCCGAGUUACCGAUGACGCUUUUUAAUCCGCUGCGUAAUCUUCAUUCUCUAGGCGUCGAAGAUAUAAACAUGGACAAUAUGAAAAAGGAUGCGUUCGACAUGUUGCUGAACCUUGAUUUCGUAUACUUCAAGAAAUUCCAUUACUGCAUGACUUACGCACCAAAGGUACAGAAAUGCAGACCUAUUAGCGAUGGUGUGUCAUCGCUGUCUCAUUUGCUGGACAAACCUCUGCUAAGAGCAGCCGUUUGGAGUAUCUCUUGUCUCACCUGCCUGGGUAACGGCCUCGUCCUUUGGGGAAGAUUCACUGCCAAAGAUGAGAAUCGUGUCUUGAGUAUUAUUAUCAGAAAUCUCGCAGUGUCCGACAUGUUGAUGGGAAUAUAUCUCUUCAUAAUCGCCAUAAAAGACGCGAGGUUCCGCGAUAACUAUAAAGAGGAAGCGAGCGCGUGGAUGUCCUCGUGGUCCUGCACGUUUCUAGGAGCGCUAGCGAUGACGUCAUCCGAGGUAUGCGCAUUAACACCUCGCUGGAUCCCACAAUUUGCAAUUCGCAACGUACAAUUAUUAUUUAACGGUACUGUUUGUUACGACCGUUGCGCCGCGCUACUGUUCAGCAAGAUCUACGAAACGAUUGUGCACAUUUUCGAUCUUGCUGAUAAAGUUUCCGUGCUCAUCCUGUCAUUCAUGUCCGUGGAGCGAUUUAUUUUGAUCACAGCCCCUUUGAAAUGUCAUCGUGUCAUGACAUCUCAAGACGCAUCCUUGUCGAUGAUCAUCAUUUGGCUCACCGGACUUAUCCUCGCCUUUGUGCCAGCUAUCCAUUGGAGAAGCAGCACGAGGUUCUACGGCGUCAAUGGAAUGUGCUUUCCUUUACACAUCGACGACCCAUAUUUGAUAGGCUGGGAAUACUCGGCCUUUAUCUUUCUGGGACUUAAUCUUCUCGGAUUGAUGAUUAUCGGCUACGUUUACACUGGCAUGUUCGUCAGCAUUUGGAGAACGCGCCACACUACGCCGUUGUCGGCCGGCGAUUACGAGUUCGCCCUGAGGUUCUUCCUAAUCGUGUUGACAGACGCGGCGUGUUGGGCACCGAUUAUAGCGUUGAAGAUCCUCGCCAUGAUGAAGUACCCCGUGCCACCCGAUUUACAUGCUUGGAUAGUGAUCUUCAUUCUGCCAGUGAAUAGCGCGAUCAACCCGCUGCUGUACACUUUUACCACGCCAAAAUUUCGCGAAAGGCUCAGCGAGGGUUGGUGCGGUCAAGCGUUCAGGUGCAUAUCGAGGAAUCACUCCAAGCAAGAUUCGCGGGAACCGUCUACUACGGUUACCAAUAAAAACGCGACACCAUCAUCGCCCAUCUGGACCAACUACGACGGCGACAGGAAGAGAACGUCGCCGCUGCCGUUUCAUUGACCCCAACGACGAAAGAAUUCCACCUGAAAAGCGGGACGCUGAAAUUUCGUAAACUCAUCUAUUAAAAGGAAUUAUGUCGCACUUCUCUCGCUGUUAAAUGUUACACGAAUCGCUCACGCUGAAAGUCGUGCAUCGUAGAGCCAAGAAUGGACGGAGAAAGGGGGAAGGAGGCUGUUACGAAUCAACUAUAAGUCCUUACGGCAUGUUCGUCAAGCGCUAUCACCGAGUGAAUAGCUUCGGAUUAGCGAUAGUGAAAUUCCGUUGCUCGAUAGAGCAAUCAUUAGAAAAGAGAAUCUCUCUCGUAAUAGUUGCAUUCAUUGCGAUAACAUUCAAUUAUGAGCACAAAUACACGUCUAUUGAUCGCACCUGAAAAGCUUGCUGGAUACACGCUUUGCUUGAUUGUCACAUAAAGUACUCACGUCGAUUCUGCACAAAUCCUAUCUUAUAAGGGGGUCGCGCACACCUGUAUUUUGCGCAUUAAUUAUCAUCAAUGUAAUGCACACGCAUAAAAUGCGACUGAUACUGUCUCUCCUUCAAGCAGUUUAGUCUGUGAUUCACUCCAAAAAGUAUAACCUCAUCCUUAACGGGAUCCUCUUAUUGUUGGUUUCAAAGCGGUUCUUCUAAAGCCGAAAAAAAUUUUAACACAAAAAAAAACCCUGGUUGCAAGGUAGUACUUUCUGCAGUCUCAUAUUCUAAGUAAUAGCUUUUACUAAAGGAGCGUUUCUCUUCUAAUAAAGUAGAUUAUUAAUCGAAAAUCUGCCAGACAUAAUUCUAAAUUUGUUCAAGCAGAAUUAGCUUUUUACAGAUGAUACAAAAGACACAACAAGCAAAACUUGUGCUGUAGAUAAAGAAUGAAGUUUCUCAAACUUUAAGAAUAAUGUGCUUAGAAUAUUUUCCUUUUGGGGUUUUAAAAAAAUCAAAGUCACAAACUAUAAAUUAUAUAAUCCUUUUGAGGCCAUAUAUAAAAGGAUUCCGUCAGAAAAAAGAUAAUAUUUUUUUAGUGUUAUUUAUUACCCAUUUAUUGUUCAUUACCUUCAAAGUUAAAGAAAUAAAUUAAAGGUUCUGCCUCAAAGAGAGCCGAUUGUUCCAACUUUUUGGUAAGCUACUUGACAGUUAAAUUAUAUGUUUGUCUUCUCUUUUUUCUCAAAUUAGUCAAAGAUAGACAUAUAAUUUAACUGUUAGGUAGCUUACCAAGUUAGAAGUUAGAACAAUCUGCUCUAAAUCUUAAUCAUGAAAGAGAACAAAAGAUUAUAUGAGAGUCUAUGCGUAGACCUUAUAGUGCAAUAAAAAUAAUAAUAAAAUACUUAUCAUUUAAAAUUCAUUUAAAAUACUUUUUAAAUGAAAAGAUACUAAAUUUAUUCAAAUAAUUCAGACGUCUCGAAUCCUCUUCUCAAUGGAGAAAUAAUCAAAGUCAAUUCUUACAUUCCUAACAUUAUAAUUUCAUUCCUAGCAUUACAACAUCGUCUUUUUUAUUUGAUGGUAACUUAAAGUAAUUAUUUUGUGUUGGACCACAAGUUUCGUGCAUAAGAUCUUUUGUUCUUCUUACUUUAUUUACUUCGUCUAAGAGAUUGCACCGCUUUCGUAUUUCACAAUUCUGUCGGUUCUGUUUGAUUGAAAGGCGAGACAUCGCGUUCUUAUUCUCGUUUCUUUAACUUGGACUGCACGGUAACAAAGGACUCUCGCUUGUUUUCUGAAUGUAUUGUUUCGCGCACCGGUGACCCCGGCAUGCGGAUAUUUCAAUCGCGCGAAAUCUCCGAUGGCCCGCGCCGAGGUAUCCACCCACGUAGAAAUCGUGCUCGAAAACGCACAUAAAUUAUUUUCCGCCGAAGUCGGAAUCGCGACCGCACGCGAAACAUUUACGACAUCGAUUCUGAUGUACCAGCAAAUCAUGCUCCACGAUCUGGCACCGUUAUGCAGGGUCAGGGCCACUUGUUCCGUAUUAUUAUUGCGAGAUGAGAAAUUUAUCCUCGAAUAUACGGGCGUGACUUUUUAACGGCUGCGCCGCUGUACGCUCUAAAACGAGCACUACAUCACUCAAAUAUGCUCGAUUAGUCGCCCCGAGACCCAUCAUCCCUCGCCAAUAUGACUUACGAAACGAUCGUAAAUGAUAAGACCGCUGAAGCGACGAGAGACGAGAAAGAUUACUGACAAUUAACUUCCACUUUCGAUAAAUAGCACAUUUCUCAUCCUCGUUUCCGUGUAUUAGAACGUAAACAGUUAUCCGACAGGUUUCCUUGAGACACAUCAAAUUCAAAAUAAACAUGAAAUGUAAAAUAAAAUUAACGAAGUCGAAAUAACACGCAGUAGUUACAGAAAAUACACAGAUAACGUGAUGUCGCGUGCUGUAACAAAUGUAAAAAAAGACACAAAAGAAUAACAUUUAGGGGAAACCGUAUCCUAAAACACGCAUUUGGAAAUAGAGUCACGCAGAAUUAUGAAAAUUUGAAAAGAAAUUAAAACAAAAGUUUACUGGU